GCUCCAGGAACUGAGAGUUAGGGCCGCUGGAGAGCACAGGCGAGUAGGCAGGGUGGCGAUGGAGAAAACUAAGAGAAGGUUCCGCAGUGCAACACCCUGCAGAGAGCUUUCUGAGGUUAACCCUACUCCGCCUGGAGUCUUUACCCAUCUGGUCCCAGGUCGGGCCCGCUCGAAUGGGACUCUACUGGGCUGCCUGGCCUCGGGAGCGACGGCCACGGCAGCAACUUUAACUUCUGGGGGCAGGUAAGCAGCGAGGGGUGGCCCGUGGUCCCCGACGACACGAACACCAUUUCUGGGCUGCCGACCUUGCACCUUGCAAUGCGGACGGCGCGCAUCGAGACCUCUCCGUUCGGUCGCAACUCCGCAGUCUAGGGUGGUAAGCGCCAUGACGCGCAAAACUACACUCCCCACAACCCCUUGCGCAUCUCUCGCUGCGGUUGCUUAGGGCCAAUCGGGAGAGGCAGCUGUGGCGGGGGCCGAGGAGGGACAUUUUAAAAGGGCCGGAGAUUGCGGGCGUCAGUGGCCAUGGCGGAUACAGCGACUACAGCACCGGUAGCGGCAGCUAGUGCCGCUAGCGCCUCGAGCGAUGCACCUCCUUUCCAACUGGGCAAACCUCGCUUCCAGCAGACAUCCUUCUAUGGCCGCUUCAGGCACUUCUUGGAUAUCAUCGACCCUCGCACACUGUUUGUCACUGAGAGACGUCUCAGAGAGGCUGUGCAGCUGCUGGAGGACUAUAAGCAUGGGACCCUGCGCCCGGGGGUCACCAAUGAACAGCUCUGGAGUGCACAGAAAAUCAAGCAGGCUAUUCUACACCCGGACACCAAUGAGAAGAUCUUCAUGCCCUUCAGAAUGUCAGGUUACAUUCCUUUUGGGACGCCAAUUGUAGUCGGUCUUCUCUUGCCCAACCAGACGCUGGCAUCCACUAUUUUCUGGCAGUGGCUGAACCAGAGCCACAAUGCCUGUGUCAACUAUGCAAACCGCAAUGCUACCAAGCCUUCACCUGCAUCCAAGUUCAUCCAGGGUUACCUGGGAGCUGUCAUCAGCGCCGUCUCCAUUGCUGUGGGCCUUAAUGUCCUGGUUCAGAAAGCCAACAAGUUCACCCCAGCUACCCGCCUUCUCAUCCAGAGGUUUGUGCCGUUCCCUGCUGUAGCCAGUGCCAAUAUCUGCAAUGUGGUCCUGAUGCGGUACGGGGAGCUGGAGGAAGGGAUUGAUGUCCUGGACAGCGAUGGCAACCUCGUGGGCUCCUCCAAGAUCGCAGCCAGACACGCCCUGCUGGAGACGGCGCUGACGCGAGUGGUCCUGCCCAUGCCCAUCCUGGUGCUACCCCCGAUCAUCAUGUCCAUGCUGGAGAAGACGGCUCUCCUGCAGGCGCGCCCCAGACUGCUCCUCCCCGUGCAAAGCCUUGUGUGCCUGGCAGCCUUCGGCCUGGCCCUGCCGCUGGCCAUCAGCCUCUUCCCGCAGAUGUCAGAGGAGAAAGAAAAACCAUUAAGAAGGGAAAGAAGCAGCCAAGGGCACAGGGAGAACCCAGAUGGAGUAGCUUCAUGGAAGCUUCAAAGAGGAGGGGCUGUCUGCAGAGUAGGUGAGUGCAGCGAGGACUAGAAGGAGCGGAGGAGACUUGGGUAGCCAUAGCUAGACAGGACAGUCUAGGAGGCAACAUGGUAGUCAGUUUCUUCUUUGUUCAGAAUAUUGAGCUCAGGGAUGGGGAACAGUGGGAGAAUACAGCAAAGAAACUGUGAGAUGGAGAUUCGGGGGGGGCUUAGAGAGAGGGCAGUGAUGGGGAAGGAAUGCCCAGAGCCCAAGGUGGGAAGGCAUGGCCUCUUUGGGGUCCCCGGGUCCAGUGAGUAGAGGGGCCUAGCUGGCUAUGGUGGGGAAAUGGGGGCCCAGAUCCUGACAGUUCUCCAAGGUAGGUACCAAUAUUCCUUGUUUACCAAUGAGGAAACUGAGGCACAUUAAGAUAAGACCUUGUCCAAGAGCCAAAGUUGCUGACGAUGGAGCAGGCUUUGUACCCAGGCAGAAGGAGCCUGACUCUCCCCAGCCCACCCAUACCUUACUAUAGAAAGAAGAGGCCCACUUCUGGGCCCCAGACUGCUUGCUGCUAAUUUAUCAGCAGGAACAUCCUAGUGCCCUCACCCAGCCCUCCUCCCUUCCGCAGGAAAUCUGUGUGUUUCCACAGGGACCUUUUGGAGUAAGUGUUUAUGUCAUUUCCAACCCAGAGUUGAGGAAGGGGCAGGGCAGUGGAGGGGCUGGAGGGAGGAUAAAGGGCCAACAGGUGGGCAGGGAACCUCCUUGUGGUUGUGAGAACUGGGGAGCAGAGCCUGGGCUCCCUUCUGUACCCCAGUGCUCUUGCCCAUGCAGGGAGUACAGGGUCUGCCCUGGUGGAUGAGGUGGAUCUGGAAACCUACCCCACCAGCCUGUCCCCAAACUUGGAUGGGCCCAUCAUACCCAGAAUCUGCUCCCUGCCCCAUGGAGCCUGGGCACUUUCCUCUUUUUCUUGUUACAAGAAUAGCCACUUAGGAGCCCUUUGGUCUCAGCGAGCCUCCCUGCUGGUGGUAGAGACAAAACUCAAUAAACAAGAACUGUCAGGUGACAGCACAGGUCAUGAUGGAACUAAAGCAGAGGCUGCACUGCAGCUUGCCAGGGCCUCUGUAGGUGGGGCUGGUGGUGGAUACCUCCCUUGUGGUAGGGCCAGAUUGUGGUGGCCUUUCUGUCCUUGUCCCCAUUGGCAGUUAGAGCUCUGGAUUCCAGGCAAAUAGGGUCCUCUCUCUCCUCCCCACCACAACACAGACAUACAUUGGGGCCCAAGUCCCUCGAGGGAGAUGUGCAGGGUCCAGUGUCCGGGAAUAUGGGCUUGGCUACCACAAGAGGCUGGAGCGGGUGGUGGCAAAUGUCCCUCUAAGUCUGACAGCCGGUAUUCCCUACCUGGGAGUGCUUCCAAUCCCAUUUAAUGAUCCUCAUGUCUCUCUGGAGCAGACAGCAGUACCUUGGCCAAGGCCCCUCCUCAUGUCCCUGCCUCUGUUUCUGCCUCGAUCUUUCUUUGUGCCUCUUUCUCCCUUCCUUGAUUCCUCUGGGGCUCUCCCCCACCCCAGUCCCCUCUCUUUUCCCCACUCUUCCCCCGGGAGCUCGGGGGCUGGGGAACGGGGCUGCACGUACAAGCCGGAGCCAUUGUUCAACAAUCUGUUUUUGUCUUCAUCUUGUUGGCAGGCGGCAGGAGAGGAGCAAAAGGUUAAUGAGGCACUGUGCAGCGGGAUUACUGCGUGAACGGGCGGGCGGCGGGCGGGCGAGCCAGCCGUGGUGACAGGGAACUAAUUAGGAGCAGUUUAACAGGAGGAAAAAGUGAAAUCUCCUCUUCACCAACUGUCAAUAAUUAGCUGAUUUGGUGAGGCUGAAAUGUGUCCACAGAAGGUGGGGCUUGUCUGUGGAUGAGGGAGGCGUGGGGAGUGGGGGGCAGCCAGGGGCUUGACCCCGUCCUUAGGUGAUGUUGGGGUGGAGGGGCCAUCCUGUGGCCCCAAGGCCUGCCCGCUGCUCCUCUGGCUGGCAUUCCUCUGCCUCAACUCUCCUUAUGACUUUGAGUCUUAACCUCAAAGACCUCAGUUUCCCCAGCUGGAAGAUGAGGUGUUGGAACUCAGUUUCUUCCUGUAAGAACUGAGUUUCUCCCAGUAAGAUUAGGGAAUUGAAAACUCGAGACAGGGCCCUGGAGCUAGACAGUGGGCUGAGUGAGUCCACUUAAGUCAUGCGCUGCCCCUCAGGUACCUGGCCUGCAGCAAGGGUGUGCCCUCUGGGAGCCACCCUCCAGGGCUGGACCGGGCAAGUGGGCAGGGCCUUGGCCUUCCUGGGAACUCAUCUAAUGGCCCCUAGACCCUCACUGGCUCCUUGGUCCUCCCUGCAGCUGUGGGGGCUGAGGUGUGGGAUGAGAGAGCUUGGGCAAUGUGCCCCCUGGCUGGGGCUCCAGGCAGGGGAGAGGGCCCUGGGCCGCCCUUGUAGGGGCUGGAGGCCAUGAGCGUGUCUCUUCCCUGCCUCAGCUGUUGCAGGGGCCCCUGGGGGCAGGAGUGAGGCUCACUGGCCAGGAGGCUUGUUUCCUGUGGGCCUGUUCCCUCCUGGUUGUCUUGUUGGUUUGUUGGCCUCUGGCCUCUGCCUUCCUUGAGGCCUCAGCGGAGAACCAGUCUCCCCCUGCACCUCCGCCACCUGCUUCUGCCCCUUCUAGCUUUUGCAAAGUGCCUUGACUAGAAGAAAAGUCAUCCUAAGAGAUCCCCAGGGCCAGGGCUUCCUGCUCUGGGCCUCCCAUGUCAGCCCUGGGAACUCCCCAGGCCCCUCCCUCUGCGCUGAGCCCCUCGUCACGUCAGCUCUAGAGGGUUCUAGGGAUUAGAAGCCAUGUUCUGAGGAAGGCUAAAGCCUUCCCUGUGUUCUCAGCACCAUUUAUGAGCCAUGUCCCAUCCUGGCCACAGAGAGUGGCUCUUAGGGGCCACACCCAUGUGGUAGAUGAGGCAGGAGGGCCAAGCCCAGCCACCCCUUACUUCUUCCUGCCUCCCCACUUACAGCUGUCAGAGUUAAGAAACAGAGGCACACCCUCCCUUAUAGGCAAAAAUGUGGGUACCCAAACCUCCACUAUCUCUACCCUCUUACCAGCCCUGAUGAAAAUGGCAGUCCUGAUGAACCAGCCUGGCUAGACAGCUGUGAGCCACCAGAAGCAAAGGUCCCCCCUUCUUAUCUCCCUUUCUCUGAGAACGUAUUUGGACCCCCAACCAAAAAUGGGGAAGAGUAACCAGAAGUAAAGGUUCCCCCCAGCUUAUCUCCCUUUCUCUGAGAAAAUAUUUGGACCCGCAACCAAGAAUAGGGAAGAGUUGGGAAUAAGCUGGAAUGUGAGUCCACAUUCAAACUGUUCUAGAAAUGGCGCCUCCUCCAGGAAGUCCUCCCUAAUCUUCCCCACCAGGAUCUGUCUCGCCUCACCUGUGUAGGCACUGGUGAUGUGUUUUCUGGCUUGCAUCUUCCCCCUUGAGACAAUAGACCUUUCUCCCUUCCUUGACACAUAAGGUGUUCCUGUAGCUAAAAGCUGGUAUUCUUUAUCAAUACCAAGUACAGAGCGUGGCUCAUUUGGGUUCACCGUGACUUUGUUGGCUCCUGCUUCUCCCACUCUUCCAGGGUUUAUGCGAGGCCAGAGACAAUGUCUAGGGGACAUUGUGUCCCUCCCGAGUCCAAAGCAGCGUUCAGCGUCUCCCAGAGCAGGGGCCUCCUCCCCUCCAGUCUUAAAUCCAUCUCCUACUUUGCUUGGAGAUGUUUGUUUGGGGUUUUUCUCGUUUACUGGUUUAAUCAGUCCCUACUGAACUCUAAAGUGGGCUAUUUUUGCCAUCAGAAAUCUGCUGCCUCCCCGCCCGCUGCUUUCUUGGAGUUUGCCCACAGGACCCCCCAGGAGGGACGGAUGGGAAUGGCAAAGCCGCUCGGAGCCCAGGAACGCCAACGCCACCUGUCAUGUUGCCUGUUCCCCACACCCCCACCCCAAACCUGCGUGCACACACAGGCUCGCACACAUAAGCGUGCACGCAGGAACAUGCACACAUGCCCGGAUGGCAGGCCUCGGCCGGGCUGCCUGACAGCCUUUCCCCGCUUGUUCUCCUUUCCAGGACCUUCUAGGACACCUACCUGAAUCCAGGACGGUGGGGAGAAGGGUUGGUCGUGCAGAGCUUCCGUUAAAGGCAUUAAUAUGUACAAAGUGGAACAUGCCUGGCUCGCAGCAAGGCUCAGCCCUGCAAGCUGAGUGAGCGGGACUGGGGCUGAGUGUGGGGACCUAGGGUCCUGCCCUCUUUACACAGCGUCACACAGGUUUCUAAGCCUCCAAAGGGCCAGCCUGUCCAUUUUGUGAUACCAUCCUCAUCCUGUGCCCAGGAUAUCUUAGAAAAUCUUCUCAGCAUACAUGUGGGGAAACUGAGGCCUCAAAGCUGAGAAGAUAGAGGACAGAGAAUGAUUCUGAGAUUGGUCCACCAGAGGGCACCCAGGAAUGGUGCAAAGCUCCAAAAUGGUAGGGGGCGGGGUGUGGUCUGAGCAUUUGCUGGGUACACACAGCACAGGGGAGACGGAAAAGUGUAAGACAGGAUUCUCGUCCGUGAGGCACUUCAGUGUCAUUUAACUCAGCUGUUACUGAGGACCUACUGUGUACAAGGCACAGGGAUACUAAGCUGCCUGGAGCGGCUCAGGGUGGGGUGGGGCGGGGGAUGGGGGACUACUGUAGUGACACCUCUGUGGAGUGCAAAUGAGCCUGUGCCUGUGGAUGGGAUGGAGAUAAAAGCAUGUGCUGGGGACACCAGAGGCAGCAGCAGUGGAUUUGGUCUAAGAAGAUCAGGGGAGGCUUCCUGGAGGAGGCAGCCUUAGAGGGUCAGGAUAUAGCCUGGACUCAGGCCUCAAAGCUAGACUUAGAAUGUACAGGAAAUGGACAGCAGUUGAUGGGUGAAGAAACUGGAGAAGGUCCCAGAAGGCCUGGAGUGUCCAGCUGAGGGGUCUUUCACUAAGAAGGUAGUGGGAGCCUAGAGCCAGCACCAGAGGCCUGACUCAGGGGUCCAGGGGUCUAGGCUCAGGCCUCAGCGGCUUCCCAGCCCCAGCCUAAUGCCUCUGGCCCCCAAGGACACUCAGGAUAACUUUCCUAAAGGUGGGACCUGGUUGUGUGUGUGUCUGAGCAGGACACGAGGCCUGCCCAGCCCUGGUGAGAAAGGGUGGGAUGUUGUGCCCAGUGGACAAGGCAGUCCCAGGCCUGGCAGAAGCCUCAGGCACACAGGGUCAGGCAGGUGCCCACCUGGGUUUUGGGCCCUGUGUCAAUGUCGCCACCUCCUCCUGACCCUCAGAAGCCCAGACCUCUGGCCAGGAGCAGGUGGUGGCUUUGAGCUAUGUCACAGGGUCUCACUAGACACCCCACCCCCCUAGCCUUUGAAAAGGAGGCAGAAAAGCCACCAGAAGAAAGACCAGGAGGAGGAAGUUCUUUGUAGUAGGUAAAAGCCCCUGAGAAUGGGGCACAGGCGGAGGAUCCAGUUUCCUGUUUAUGUCUCUGCACCUUAGCUCCAGGUUCAAAUAUGUAAACUAUCCGCUGGCCUGGCUGCAGGUGUGUGUGCUCCCAGGCUGUAGAGGCAGAUGUGGCCCCAAAUGCAUUCCUGACUCUAGCCCCCCACCCACAGUAAGCCAUGAGACAAAUAGCUCAAGGUUAACCCUUUCCAUGCCACAAGGGAAGGUGAUUGGCUGUUGUAGCUGGGCCUUGGGGUGCCCGGAGAGGCUGGAGAGACACUGGACUGGAUGCUCCAUGUCUGGUGACAUCUCCUGGAGGAGCAGCAGGGUCUGAGCAGGGUUGGAAGAGUGGGGUGGCACUCCAAUACUGAGACGGGCACAUCCGGAGGGGGCUGGCUGGGAGCUGGUUUGCAGGCCCUGCCUGGAAGUCAGGGACUGCUAGCAGGGCGACACUGCUUCCUUCAUGGCGGGGUGGGGUGAUCCUGGCAGCCCACUUCUGUGGCGGUGUGGGGAGGGACCAUCAGCCAGUGCUCCAUGGUCCCUGCAGCCCCUGCCCUUCAGGGCUUUGGCUUUCCAUCCCAACACCCCCUCCCUUGGGAGCCCCUGCUGACUGGCUCUCAGGUUCCCCGGGGCGGAGCCUACCAGAUGGAAGAGACUGGACCCACAGAUUCCAGCCCCGAGCUGGCCUCCUGGGGCUGGGCCACCCCUUCUCCCUGUGGCUACUCCUUGUCCUCUCUCCUCAUCUUCUUAUCCCCAGAGAAGGCCCCUCAGAGCCAGUUUGUGGUCACAGCCAAGUCCCUGCACCUCAACCCAAUACCCUGGGGCUCUGGCCUUUUCCAGGGUGGGGCUGAGCUGGGCAGCAGGAGGGGAUGCUCUGUUGUCCUUGCCCAGACCUUCGUCACCUUCACUUACCCACGGGUCCAGAGGCCACUGCCAGGCAAGGGCCUGGAUAUGGUUUCCUUGGAGAAAACUUGGCCGCACGCCUAACCUCAGAGAGGUGGUCUUCAAGGGAGACACUUAAUUCUUGAUGGACAGGGGAGGAAAUAUCAUGUAUAGGCCAGCAGGCAACUCAGGGGUUCCUGCCCCAGCCUCCCCCAGCCUCCCCCAGCCAAGCCCAGUGGGGACCCCAGUGAUCCCAAUACCCAUGAAACCUAGAGAUGGUGGCCAUCAACCUAGCACCUGGCCAUGGCCAGAGAUCUUGGAGGGGUCCUAACAAAUGACCAUUUGAAUUGGCCUGGGGUAGAGUGAGCGGCUGUGAACCAGGAUCAGCACUGGGUGGGGAAUCGGGCAAUGUGGAUCUCAGGCAGUCACCGAAAUCCAGUUGCCAAGACCAAAGCCUCUGAGCCCUUAUUGGGACCACUCAGAAAACUCUGUUUGCCUGAUGCUCACGGCUGCUCAGUGUUUGUGGCACCCUCUGUCACUGUGUCUACUCCUCGGGCUGGUCCCCCAAGGCCACCAUCACGGGCGUGCCUGUUCCCCAGGCCUUGGCAUCCACCCCUCCGUCUGCUUCCCUGGGCCAGCUCCUCCACUCUGGAGGCUCUGGCUGUGCUCACAUAUCCCAGGCGCUCUCUCCUGCCCAGAGCUUCAGAGCCUGGACCCAUCUACCUCCCAGGCCUCUCCACCUGGGGAACCCACUGGCACCCCAGACUCAAUGUGGCCACCCUGAGCCUACCACCCCCCACCCUGGUCCAUUCCCUCCCUCUGAGAAUGGCGUCACCAGCCACCCCAGCUCCCGAGCUAGAAUUAGGAGUCAUCCAACGCACAGUCAUCCUCAACACCUCCCUCUCACCCCCACGUGGAAUUGGUCAUCAACUCCUGUGGAUUUCAUCUUCAGAAAGGCUCCUCCUGUCUGCCCCCACUGGCAGCAUUAUAGGGCAGGACCGGGCACUUCUCUGAUUCCCACAGAUGCUCCCCAGGAGGCCUCCCCACCCCUUCCUUACCCCUCCAGUCCAUCCUCCACACCCACCAUCCUAAAAAAGACC